AACAAAGAACUACUCAACUGUUUGCCAACUUGCAAACUCAACAUGCUGUGCAAGAUCUAGCACAACCAGUAAACAUGGCUGGGGUGUCCCAACCACAAAAAGUCCAAAUUGGGGGCUCUGCUGCGCCGCCCAAUAACACAACACCACCAGCAAUCGCAGCCACCAACACCGCUAAAGCUCCACCCAAUGCAACCGACUUUACUCAAGGCUUCGUCACCAUGGCAGAUCUUACUGCUCUCUUGGACAAGGAGCGUUCUAGACAAAGUUUAACCACUUUUCAAUUCAUCCAUGAUCCACCCUAUCCAAAGGAGAUUCUGUCCAAGCCCUACCCAAAAAACUAUGGAAGUCCUACAUUCCCGCUAUAUGACAAGAGAAAGGGCAGUGGUGUAAAGAAUGUCAGCAAGUUCCUCGGUGCCAUAGGGGCUCACAUCGGUGAUAAAGACUCGUGCCUAUUAUUUCUUGCUAACGAUAUCCUUACACUUGAUAGGCAAAUUCAGUGGAACCCAGCCAAGGAUUUCUACACAUUUUCAACAUGCUUCGCUAGCUUGUCAAUCUGCUCAUCCCAAUCGCCAACCAUGUCAAACUUGCCUUUGUCAAGGUACGUCUUCGCCAGCCUAAAUUCCUCCAACUCUGGAACUUAUGCUCUUGGUGUCAUCUAUGGCAUCCUUACACAAAUGAAAGAAUUCCUCAUCCAUCUUAGCAAAGGGAGUUACUUUCAGAUGCCUCACAGUCGCAUAAGAUGUAUGAAGGCGUUCUCAAUCAUUACUUUCUUAGCCUUGUUGCACAUGUUGUCUAUAUCACUUAACUUGGCUAAAACAAAGGAAGACUUGUCUUUAGACAUGAUUUUUCUAAAGCUAACAGCCUUCUUCGAUAUGCUCUUGGCUAGUUCAUCAACAUCUAUCUCGUCUUUACUGGGAAUGGAUUCUUUUAAAGCCAUAGCCAAGUAUGGCACACCUUUCUCUGGCAUAGUUUUUUAUGCCAACUUCGACAUCAAACAUGCCAUCAUAUUCAUCACCACUCUCGUGGUUGGACUUAUUGUUACCUCUUAAUGCUUCAUCACUCUUGGUGGAUUUCAUGUCACUGUCUUUGCUAGACUUUGAGUUAACCUCUUCAGUAGCCUUUUUGCCUUCAUCUUCACUGGCAAUUACUUGAAUCCCAGCCUUAUCAUCCUCAACAUCUAGCAAAGCAAGCAAGAGCCAAGUAUUUAGCAAAGAUCUUAUUAUUCGAGAGGAAAAGUCAAAGAUUUCUUUGGCGCCAAGACAACAUCAUUAGCUUUAAAAGGAGGUGAUUCUUUGGGCUUGCUCUAUUAUCAUAAUAAAUGGCUAAACAGAGA